UAAUUGCUCAAUUAUAGGUAGACGACGGCAUAAAAAUUGUUGGGCAAGAAUACUUAUUUUGUGAGCUUCAAAUCGAUUUAGUGUUCUGAAGACAAACAAAGAACAGAAGACAGAAAAACAUUUUUAUCCGAUUGGAAUCGGCCGCAAUGUAUCAUCCAUCCAGGGGAGGCGUACGUGGAGGACGAGAUCAAUUCAAUUGGGAUGAUGUCAAAGCCGAUAAGCACAGAGAAAAUUAUCUCGGUCAUAGCCUCAAGGCUCCAGUUGGUCGAUGGCAAAAAGGAAAGGAUCUUUUCUGGUACACAAGGGAUAAAAAGGGGGGAGAUUCAGGUGCCGACGCAGCAAAAGAGGAAAUCAAGAGGAUUAAAGAAGAGGAAGAACGUUCUAUGCUAGAGGUUUUAGGUUUGGCACCAAAGCGUGAAAACCGUCCUCUGGGUAAUCGUUUGGAUAAAAGAGAGGCUGCAGAAUUACUUAAGAAAGGAACAAAUGCAGAGGAUUUGGCUCCUGGUUAUGCUGAAGGAGAACGUGUACAGGGUCUGGGUUUUACUCGGGCACCGCAUCAUUCAAUGAGUGAAAAAGUUCCUCCAAAAGAGAUUCAACAUGCUUCAAAUGGCAAAGUAUUUGAGAGAGAGAAUGAAUCUUGUUCAAAGUCUCAAAGGGACGAAGUUCCACAGUCCAGUAUCCAAGAAGCAGAUUCUGAUAGAAAUGAUCGAGAGAGCAGGCACAUGAAGAGAAAAGAUGACAAGAAAAGGAAUAGAGAAGAAAAGAAGGCUCUAAAGAGAGAUAAAAGAAGUGGUGAACCAGGUUCAAGGCGAGACAAGAGAAGACAUGAAUCAGAUGUGAAUAGGAAGGAGAAGAAAAGGAGGCAUGAUUCUGACAGCAGUGACUAAAAGGAAAUAUGCUUUGCAGAUUAAGCUUGUCAGAACAAAUGUGCUCUAUGCUCAUCAUGUUUUAAUUCUUUUUUAUUCGGCAGUGAAACAUGGAAAAUAUUUACUUGGUAAUGUAAUCCAGGUGACUAAUGUCAAAGUUGUAUUAAUAUGGGUUAACAAAAUCAUCGUUCUGUC